AUGCCCGCGCCGCCCGGGGCCCACGGCGCGCGCUCCACGGCACCCGUGCCCGUCGGCUCCAGCGGUCGCGCGCGCGCCCGCUCAUGCAACGUCCAUAACGCGCCGGCGGCGGCUCGGGGGCGACACCUGGCGACCGUCGCUCACGCGGAUCGUCCCGGCUCGUCCCGUGGCGACACCCGCUCGCGCGGCACGCGUCAAACGACUGGCCGCCGGCGGCGCCGCGUCCGACACCCCUCCCGCCGCGCGCCGCCCAAUGGCGCGCCGCGCGGCGCCCCGUCGCCCGCCGGCACCCGCCGUGGCCCGCGCGCUAGCGGCGGGCGGGCCGCGGCGCCGCCGAGCGUUGUUUUUCGUCGCGGGCGAGGUGUCCGCCGCCGCCACACCUCGCGCGCCGCUCGCGCUGGCGGGCGCGGGGCGCGAGGCGCGAGCGGCGCGCGGCUAAUCUGGUUAAUGCGGCGCGCGGGGGCGACACUCGCGCCCGCCGCCGCCGCCGCCUCCGCCGCCGCGCCCGCCGCCUCCUUCUAA